UUUAAUUUACUGGGAUUCCGCAUGUUGCAGACAAUGAUAUUUACAAUUGAAGAAAUAAACAGAGAUGAGAAACUCCUCCCGAACAUCACACUAGGCUACAGGAUUCACGAUGACUGCAACUCCCCCGAGAUUUCAACAAAGGUUGUAUUGGCUCUGGUGAACGGUCAGGAGGAAACAUACGUUAACCAACUGUGCGACGGGCCUCUGAAUAUCCCUGGGAUCGUUGGUGGAGCUGGGUCUUCGGUGUCCAUGGCCAUUGCGAAGACUGCCGGACCUUUCAGAAUACCGCUGGUCAGUUACCUUUCAACGUGUGUCUGUCUCAGCGACAGGAACGAAUAUCCGACUUUUCAUCGAACUAUUCCAAGUGACGAGCAUCAGUCCAAGGCGCUGGCACAUGUGAUUCAGAGGUUUGGAUGGACUUGGAUUGGAACAAUUAACAGCGACGAUGACUAUGGCAAUUCGGGGAUGAGAGCAUUUGUAGAAGCUACUCAUGAGUUUGGGGUUUGCAUUGCCUUUUCCGAAUCAUUUCACAGAACGGACCCGGCAGAGAAGAUCACCAGGAUAGUGCAAGUGAUCAAAAAAGCGACCACAAAGGUUGUGGUAGCCUUUGCUUCACUUGGGGAAAUGCGCAUUUUAUUUGAGGAGGUUCUACGACAAAACCUCAGUGGCGUGCAGUGGGUGGGUAGUGAGGGUUGGAUAACAGCGGACUUCGUAAAUGUAGAUAGAGGGCGGCACUUCUCUGCCGCAGCAAUCGGGACUGCACUGCCUGCAGUAAAAGUUUCAGGGAUGAGAGACUUCCUGCUCACAGUCCAUCCUUCUAGAUUUCCCGGUAACUCAUUGGUAAGGGAGUUCUGGGAAACCACCUUCAAGUGUACUCUAAGUUUGCAAAACCUGACGGACGCAGUCAGUUCAUUUGGCGCUCUCACGUUGUGUAGCGGAAGUGAGAGUUUGCAUCAAAUCAACAACGCGUAUACCGACAUGACCUUGGACGGGAACUCUUAUAAUGUAUAUAAAGCGGUGUACGCUUUUGCUCAUGCGCUUCAUGACAUGUUUUCAUGUGAAAGAGGAAAAGGGCCAUUUGUGAACAACACAUGUGCACGAUUUUCAACCUUUCAAACAUGGCAGCUCCUCUAUUACAUGAAAUCAAUUUCCUUCACGACGCAAGUUGGGGAGAAGGUGCAUUUUGAUGAAGAAGGAAAUCCAACAGCCGCUUAUGACAUUGUAAACUGGCAAAUGAAUUCGGACGGUAGCCUGGAAGUUCGGAAAGUUGGAUAUUACAAUGGAUCAGCGCCUCCGGGUGAAGAACUUGAGCUGAACCCACGUCACAUUGUCUGGAGCGGUGGUAAACGUGAGAUUCCCCGGGCAGUGUGUUCUGAAAGUUGUUCCCCUGGAACAAGAAAAGCGGCCAGGAAAGGACAACCUAUCUGUUGUUUCGACUGCGCUUCCUGUGCGGAUGGAGAAAUUAGUAACACUUCUGACUCUACAGAAUGCAUCAAGUGUCCUCCGAUGUUUUGGUCUAACGAACGGAAAGAUCAAUGCAUCCCGAAGAACAUAGAGUAUUUGUCGUUUAACGAAAUCCUGGGCAUGGUAUUAACGAUUAUCUCUCUGGUAGGAGUGUGCAUAUCUGGUCUCACAGCGGGUAUCUUCUUUCGACAUCGAGACACACCUCUGGUUAAAGCUAACAAUUCUGAGCUGAGUUUCCUCCUUCUAUUUGCGUUAAGCUGCUGUUUCUUGUGCUCAGUCACAUUCAUUGGCAAACCGUCAGUAUGGUCUUGUGUAUUACGCCGCACAGCAUUUGGUGUCUCGUUUGUUCUGUGUAUCUCGUGUGUUCUGGUUAAAACGAUCCUGGUGCUGACGGCAUUUAAGGCAAAUCAUCCCAGCAAUAACUGGAUGAAAUGGUUUGGUCCCAGACAACAGAGGAUAAGUGUCUUCGUCUUGGCGGCCGUGCAGUGUUUAAUAUGUGUGCUUUGGCUGCUCAUUGAGCCUCCUUUCCCAGUGAUCAACAUCAAAUAUUACCGCGAGACGAUAAUUUUAGAAUGUGACACAGGAUCAUCUGCAGCCUUCUACUCGGCGUCGGGAUAUAUCGCCCUGUUAUCGUGUAUCUCUUUUGUCUUGGCCUUUCUUGCACGGAAGCUGCCAGAUAACUUCAACGAGGCAAAAUGUAUAACGUUCAGCAUGCUCAUUUUUUGUGCGGUUUGGGUCACUUUUAUUCCGGCCUCUGUGAGUUCUCCUGGGAAAUACACGGUGGCGGUUGAAGUGUUUGCCAUCCUGGCCUCCAGUUUUGGAUUGCUGUUUUGCAUUUUUGCACCGAAGUGUUAUAUUAUCGUAAUCUUUCCGGAAAAAAACACAAAGAAGUACAUUAUGGGUAAAGUAGGAAGAGCGGAAUGUUUAAAAGAUAUACAUCAAUAUGUCUUGUGGUUUGAUAACGCGUUUAUGAUUGCAACAAUUGACUCUGAAUUUAAUGACGCGUUUACUUGCAGUUGGAAAUAA